CAUUUCAUUUCACACAUCUCACUCUCUCUCUCUCACUACUCACAUCUCUAGACUAAAUUUAAUAAAAAUACUGCUCAAAUUCAAACAUCUAGAGACUAAAAUUUAUUGUUGGUUGACAAGAUUGAAAUUCGAUGGUAAAAUGAUUGUGCUGAAGAUUGAAUAUCCGAUUUUGAAGGUCAAAAAAUUUCAGGUCGGAGGAUAUGUUGAUGAUAUUGAUACCCGAUUCAAGUUCGGAAGAUAUAUUGAUGAUAUUGAUAUCUGGUUCGAGUUUGAAAGAUAUGUUGAUUAUAUUAAUAUCCAAUUCGAGUCUAAAGGAUAUGUUGAUGAUGUUGAUACCCGAUUUGAGUUCGAAGGAUAUUACGAUGAUAUAUUGAUGUCCAACAAGGUCGGAGGAUAUUAUGAUGAUAUAUUGAUAUCCGGCAAGGCUGGAGGAUAUUAUGAUGAUAUAUUGAUACCCGGUUUAAGUUCGGAGGAUAUUAUGAUGACAUGAUGAUGUCCGACAAGGACGGAGGAUAUGAAUAUUGAUAUGCCUAUGUGUGCACCUACCGGUUGAAUCCGCUAGCCCUAUGUAUGACAAUUAUAUGUUUAUUCAUGUUCUUGUGCAGUUGGCUAUAAUAUUGAUAUUAGAGGUGUCAGUUAUAGUCUUCUAAUGGGUUGAGGUAUAAAGUGGUAUAGUUAUUGAUUUAAGGAUGAAAGAUGCUUAGUGAUGGAUAUUACUUAAGUGGCUAAUAGUGACUAGUGGAUUUGUUAACCUUAGUGGUAAAGAGGACUAAUGACAUUGAUGGUU